AUGAGCUUCGCAGGGAUUCCGACAAGCAGCAUCUCUGAAGAAUCAGCAAUGGAGGUUAGUCUAUACAUUAGAAAACUUGAAGAUCAUCUCCACAGGGAGAUCACGACGGAAAUCAAACGCGUUCUAGAAAAGUAUCAGGAGUUCAGGGGUCACUGUCAGCGAAAUAUGCUCUCGGGUCUUCCUCUCAGACAUGCAUCUGAGGAGAGACCUGGGAUUUCCGACCAAAUCAUGGCAGACUUUCCCUGCGAAAUCAACAAUUUCUAUUACGACAAUAUCGCCGGAAUAUCUUUCUCUGCCUUCGAACACGCAAGAAGAAGGCCAGCGCCCUUCACGAUGCCACCAGACCUCGCUGCCAUGGGCCCUCCCACUGCUCUGACACCCCCUACAUGGCUGUCUCCGCCAUCUCUAGGCUUCCCUUUCCCGGACAGUCCGCCUACUCCACAUCGCAAUGCUAUUCGGCGCAAGAAGGGGGGAAAAGCAAAAUUUUUGACCGCAAACGCGUUGAAAAGGGUUCACCCGGAUAGUUUUGUCUUCUUUCAUAAACUUGAUGGCAUCAAGGCGCACUGGAUCUUGAUCUGUCCGAAGCAGAAUUGCCAGAGCCGCAGCUUUUCCCGAGACCCGAUCGCCAGUGGAGAUGCAGUAGCGCACUUCAAACGUUGCAAGGUCCGUUCUGGAGAUGCGAAGACCAUUCUCAGGAAGUAUGGCAUGAAAGUUGUGCCGCAUAGACUCGACGCUCGACAUCAGCCCCUUGACGAUGAAUGGGUAGCGAAUCACAACAAGAACCUCCGAGAAACUAUACCUCGAUCGACUCAAGAGUCCCUAGAGGUCGAGAGGGAAGAAAGAUCAGACUCCAUGGAAGACGGGGACAAAUACUCUGAUUGA